AUGGCAGCUGCUAUUACCACUGUGUCCGAUUCGAAAGAAAGCCAAGGCCUCAACCUCAUCGCUGCUCACUCUCACAUUCGAGGACUUGGAGUAACACCAGACACCCUAACCCCCAAACCCAAUGCCGAUGGCCUCGUGGGACAACAGCAGGCGCGAAAGGCCGCCAGUGUGAUUCUUCAGAUGGUCAAGGAAGGCAAGAUCGCAGGACGUGCGGUUCUCAUCUCAGGACCACCAAGCACAGGCAAGACAGCGAUCGCGAUCGGCAUGAGCAAGGGACUUGGCGAAGAUACGCCUUUCACGAUGCUGGCUUCUUCAGAGAUAUUCAGUCUCGAAAUGAGCAAGACCGAGGCGCUGGAGCAAGCAUUCCGAAAAUCCAUCGGCGUGCGGAUACGAGAGGAGAGCGAGGUCAUCGAGGGUGAGGUGGUGGAGAUACAGAUCGACCGCUCUGUGACGGGGAACAACAAGAGCGGAAAGCUUACUCUGAAGACGACGGAUAUGGAGACGCUUUACGAUAUGGGCACUCGCAUGAUUGACAGCAUGACCAAGGAGAAGGUCAUGGCAGGAGACAUCAUCAGCAUCGACAAGGCCAGCGGCAGGAUCACCAAACUCGGCAGAAGCUACACCAGGAGUCGAGACUAUGAUGCUGUCGGAUCAGAUGCCAAGUUCAUACAAUGCCCAGAUGGCGAGCUUCAGGUCCGCCGUGAGACUGUCCACACAGUCUCGCUGCACGAGAUCGACGUAAUCAACAGCCGAACACAAGGAUUCUUGGCUCUCUUUUCUGGCGACACCGGUGAGAUCAGAUCCGAGGUGAGAGAGCAGAUCAACACAAAGGUGGCAGAGUGGAAAGAGGAAGGAAAAGCAGAGAUCGUGCCUGGGGUUCUCUUCAUCGACGAAGUGCAUAUGCUGGACAUCGAGUGCUUCAGCUUUAUCAACCGAGCGCUGGAAGACGAACUCGCUCCAAUUGUCAUCAUGGCUUCGAAUCGAGGUUCCACCACCAUCAGAGGCACAAACUACAAGAGCCCUCACGGCCUGCCACUCGACUUCCUUGAUCGGGUUGCUAUCAUAUCGACACACCCUUACCAAGCAGAUGAGAUCCGUGAGAUUCUCUCAAUACGUGCACAAGAGGAAGAGGUUGACGUUUCGCCGGAUGCUCUUGCGCUUCUUACCAAGAUUGGUCAAGAGACUGGGCUGAGGUAUGCCAGCAACCUCAUCACCACGUCACAUCUGCUAUCUCAGAAGCGGAGGGCCAAGGAGGUCGAGGUGGGAGAUGUCCAACGGUCUUUCCAGCUAUUCUAUGACCCUCAACGAUCUGUACGAUUCGUCACAGAGUUCGAGAAGCGAUUCAUCGGUGAGGACGGUGGCGUAUCUCUGGGCGCAGGGGCGAAUGGCGUCAGCAAUGGUGAUGCUAUGGAGGUCUCUUAG